AUGACCAAAAGAUCGGCGUCUGUGUCGCCCCGUGCGGCAAAGCUCAUGCGAACAGACGCUUCCGGCGGAUAUUCGGCCCAAGUGGGCGAAACAUGGAUUGCUGUAGGCCACUGCGCCACGUCAAUGGGAAUUGUUGCCGUGGCGGUGAAAGCAUACGAGGCGGCGUUGGCGCACAUGCCCGAUUCCGUCGACGCUUUGGUUGGCUGGAGCCAUCUGCUUCGGAUGAGCGACAUUAGCGCCAACGAAACCGUCGGGUCGCAAAACGCCAUCCGAAGACUAGCAGCUGCAGGCGAGCGGAACCCAGAGGUGACCAAAAGUGCAGCCUUUUUCCGCGAGCUCACCGAGUGCUAUCUUCUAGUGGGGCUCAAUGAACAGGCGCAUCUGCUGAUCCAGCAGGCGGUGCAGCGGCAGCCGCAGGAUGCAGCGCUCCAUCUCUUGUUGGCGCAGACACUCAUUCGCGCCGGCGCGCGAGCGCAGGCGGGUGCAGCGUUGGCGCAUUGUCUCCUGCUCUUGCCUGCGCAGCUUGCGCAAUUCACCAAGGACGACAUUGAGACGGCGCGCAGGGCCCAUGCGGAAUUGGCCGCCAUUGCGGCCGCCGACGGCAACAUCGAGUUGCUGAUUACAGAGUUGCGCGCCACCUUGCUGUUGCCGCCGCCACCUUUGGCGCGCGCAGACGAGCACAUUGCCCUUUGGUGCGCCUUUGCCACCGCCAUGGAGCGGGCCAACCGCAUUCCCGAGGCGUUGGAAGCGUGCGAGCGCGCCGAAGUCGCCGUCGGGCCUUCGCCCCACAUUCUCAUCACCCACGCAUACUUGCUUUUGCUCGACACGUCGCGCGCCAACGCCGAGGCGGCAUUGACGCUUUUGUCCAAAGUGGUGGCGGCCGAGCCGCCCGAAGUGCGCGCGGCAGACUUCACCCCGGCCGACGCCGAGCGCGCGCCCGAUGUGCCAGGCGACUUUUUGCCCUGGUACCUUUUGGGCAAGGCCUACACGCAUCUCGAUGCGCCCCGCGCCGCAUACGACUCGUACCAGAUUGCCUUGCGCCGCGCAAACAACCUGCCCAUCACCUGGUUGGCCGUGGGCAAGCUCUACUUGGAGUUGAAGCAGUUGCCCGACGCCUUGGCCGCAUACCUGCAAGCGUUGCGCCUCCAAAUGAACGAAAACCUGCCUGGCACCGCCGCAGCCUGGGACGGCUUGAGCUGCGUGUAUGAGCGGUGCGACGACCAGCUUGGUGACGCAGCCGACGCCUGUCUGCGGGCGGCGUUUUGUUUCCGUGCCAUUGGCGACGCCAAGAGCGCAGACUACUUUGACGACCGUGCCAAGCGCCUCCAGGCUGCUGCCGAGGGCAAGGGCCCCGUGCCCGAGCUUGUGGCGCCGCAGGGUGUCCCCAACUACUUUUUGCGUGAUCUUGUGACGUUGUUGCCCAGCGAGCGUGUUGCGUUCGUGCUGGGCGGAACCAAGGCGCGUGCGCCCGAGCCGCCGGCGCCAAACGGCCGCGAUGUUUCAGCACAGCCGCAGGCGCCCGCUCCCGCGCUUGCCCCGGCCCCAGGUCCAGGCGCGCAACGCCCUCCCUCGUACGAAUCUCGCCCGCAGGGCGAGCGCACGCCGUUGGCGCCACCUCAGCCUAUGGCGCCACCCAUGGCACCUCACGCGUUCGCCCACAGCCCUGCGCCACAUGAACUUCCGGGCCCUCCUCCGCAUUACGCCUUGGGCCAGUAUCCGCCACACAUGGUGGGGAUGGGCAACGGCGUGAUGUCGCCGCCCGGCGGCCCUCAAGGCCACCGCUCGCCUCACAUGCCUCCCAUGCUCAACGAAGGCUAUCCGAUGGCAGGUUCCCCCGGAUACCUCUACGGGCAGUAUAUGCCAAUGCAUGGCGGGAUGAUGCACGUGCAGCCGUACGGAGGCACCUGGCGCAGAUGA